AUGAGGGGAACAGGACUCCUGCUGGUGACGGGAGUUCUCCUGGGCCACCUUCUGGUGGAGGCCGUCGAAGCGGCGUCGGGGACCGGAAGAGGCCACGCCAGGAACAGGACUCGCGUCGCCAGGGGUCCAGGACCCAAACCCAUCCAGGCUCAGCAACCCUCCAACCCCGACUCCGAGUACAACGAGUACGACUAUUAUGACAACUACGACUACGAGGAGAACGUCAAUGAAACUACGACUAGCGAGGCGCCGACAUCCACCCCCAUCGUGCCAACGAAUGAUAAUUUAGUGCGUGGAAGACCUUUCUUACCUAUCACGGCACCUCCCUAUCGUUUAUAUGCAGAAGAUCGCACGGAGGCACCUGUUACCGCUACGACAGAGGAACCGGAAGCUGUCACGAAUGCAGCACCACGGCAAGAUCCGACAGAAAUCGCACCCGGGGAAAGUAAUCGGAUAGAUGCGAUCGCUGUUACCGGACCGAGGGGUGAACCCGGUCGUCCCGGAGACAUAGGUCGUCGCGGUGAUUCAGGAUUUCCUGGACAACCAGGAACGCCUGGAACUCCCGGCCCCCCUGGACCACCUGGACCUCUUCCGGAUGUGUCCCUGUACUAUCAGCAACUAGCAUUGUCGGAGGCAGCUCAAGAUAAAGGACCAACAGGACUUUCGGUGCCGGAUGCUUAUUCGUACCUACAAGCUCAAGUGGGUCCAGUCGGCCCUCGUGGUCCUCCAGGGUCGCCUGGAGCUCCUGGACCACAAGGCUUCCAAGGACCUCGAGGAGAGCCUGGCGAACCAGGCCCUCCUGGUUCACCAGGACCUUUGGGCCCUCGUGGAGUGACUGGUCUUUCUGGAAAGGAUGGAAGUCCAGGCGAGGAUGGCGAAACAGGAGCACCUGGAUCGCAAGGUCCUGUAGGUCCUAGAGGGCUUCCUGGCCUACCAGGUCUUCCAGGGAUGAAAGGUCAUCGAGGAUUUCCAGGACUGGACGGCGCAAAAGGAGAGCAGGGCAUCUCUGGAGAAAAAGGAUCAUCUGGGUCACCGGGUCCGAUGGGACCCGCAGGACAAACUGGAUCUCCUGGUCCUCGAGGCGAGAGAGGAAGAGAAGGGUCUCCAGGUCCUCCAGGCAUCAGAGGCAUCGAUGGAAUGUCAGGGACUCCGGGUCAGCCUGGUAUCAUGGGGAAGCCUGGGUCGCCAGGCUUUCCUGGAUCUCCAGGGAUAAAGGGAGAUCAAGGAGCUCAAGGACCAAAAGGAAGCCAAGGAUUGCAAGGACCUCGAGGUGAAUCGGGACGGCCCGGACAACCUGGAGAAUCAGGCCCUCAAGGACCUCAGGGUAAAGACGGAACUCCUGGCGAAAAGGGAAGCGUCGGUUCUACGGGAGCUGUCGGACUCCCAGGCUUCCCUGGAGCUCGUGGUCAACCUGGAGCUCCUGGCAUUCCUGGGACACCAGGGAGCAAAGGAAUGCCUGGAUUACCGGGAGAACGAGGAUACAAAGGCGAAGCUGGAACUAAAGGUGACAAUGGACCACAAGGACCGCGAGGUCUCCCAGGACUUCCUGGAAGUGAAGGGAAAAGAGGCAAAAGAGGCAUAAGAGGUCCUAUCGGUCCUUCCGGUCCACCUGGAGAACGCGGUGUGUCGGGUAUUCGAGGACCCCCAGGACCCGAUGGUCCUUUCGGUCCCAAAGGUCAAAGUGGAGAUCGAGGAUCACCUGGACCUGUUGGACCCAAAGGCAAUACUGGAGAUGCUGGAAGACCCGGACUUCCUGGAUUACAGGGACCGCGCGGAUUGAUGGGGCGUCCAGGAGGACCUGGGAAACCAGGCAACCCUGGUGAACGAGGAAUUCAGGGUGCUGAUGGGAAGCCUGGAGAACAAGGACUUCCUGGAUUACAGGGAUUACCUGGACCACUGGGUCCUACAGGAGAGAAAGGCUAUCCAGGUGAACCCGGCAAAGACGGCGAACCUGGAAAUCCAGGCUCACCAGGACCUAGAGGUGAUUCUGGGAAAGAUGGUCCUCCAGGUUCUCAAGGUCCGCCAGGACCACCGGGGGCUGAUGGAGAAAGGGGACCACAAGGUCCAGUGGGUCCUAGAGGAUUUCAGGGUCUUCCAGGCAAUACUGGAAUUUCUGGUGUACCAGGAAAAGACGGUGAAAUGGGGGUUCAAGGACUACCGGGACCUUCAGGUUCACCAGGAGUCAGAGGAGAAAGGGGAUUUCCUGGAGAAAGAGGCUUUUCCGGACUCCCAGGACCCGGGGGUUUCAAAGGAGAGCCAGGAGCUCAAGGAUCUGACGGUUUUCCAGGAGCUCCUGGACCCAAAGGAGAUAAAGGGCACUCGGGGCCAUCGGGAUUACUUGGUCUUCCAGGAAUCAGAGGUGUUCCCGGAGAACCGGGGCCAAAAGGCGACAGAGGAUUUCUCGGACCUCCUGGUCCCGAAGGACCACCAGGUCGCAUUGGAGACCGAGGUUUACAAGGACCGGUUGGACUCCCUGGAACUCCUGGAGAACAAGGAGAACGAGGUGACAUCGGGCCUCCUGGUUCUCCAGGUGAAGUCGGCGCUUCUGGAAGUUCCGGAGAAAGAGGUCCACAGGGUCCCCAAGGAUCUCCAGGUUUCCCGGGUCCUCCUGGGCUCGUAGGACUUCCCGGAUUUAAGGGAGAUCGCGGUUAUCCAGGACUUAAAGGAGACCAGGGGAAUCCUGGACUAGCUGGGGUUCCCGGGGAAAUUGGGCCUCCUGGUCCGAUAGGACUAACCGGGGCGAAAGGAAUUCGCGGCGAGAUUGGACCUCGAGGAGAAAUUGGAAUUGCAGGACCUCCAGGAAUACCAGGAUUAGCCGGAUCUGCCGGCCAACCAGGGUCGCUGGGACCACCGGGACCUCAAGGUCUACCGGGAUUAAAAGGACACGCAGGCGAUACCGGACGUCCUGGCAAUCCUGGCCCUAUUGGUAGUCCAGGAGCACCUGGCGCAGAUGGGAGUAAAGGCGAAAGUGGAUCCGAGGGUCCGCCUGGUUCGAUGGGUCCUCAAGGACUUCAAGGUCCUGUCGGAGAUAGAGGCUUACCCGGCAUCCCUGGAUUAACAGGACCAAUUGGUGCUAGAGGACCAAGGGGUGCAACGGGAGAACCCGGUACACCCGGGAAACCUGGGCCGGAAGGGCCCAUAGGACCAGUUGGAUUGGGAGGACCACCGGGACCUCCAGGUUCAACCGGCGAAUCAGGACCGGAAGGCUCACCUGGGAAAGCAGGAAUUCCAGGAAUCUCUGGAAGACCAGGCGACAAAGGACCACCCGGCAUAGCUGGAGCUCCAGGACUUUCAGGGCCACCAGGUUUACCUGGACCACCUGGUCACGCAGGUCCCUCAGGUCCUGCCGGGGAAAGAGGUCUUCGAGGGGAGAACGGUCCUCAGGGUCCCGAAGGACAACAGGGUCUUCGUGGAAAACCUGGUCCAGCAGGAGGGGAAGGAGCCAAGGGCGAUCGCGGCGAUUUAGGCCCCAAAGGAUCUAAAGGACACCGGGGGUUGAACGGUCUUCAAGGUCUACCAGGACCAACUGGCUAUCCCGGAGAAAAGGGCAUGCCUGGAAUGCCAGGACUACCAGGGAAAGACGGGGAACCGGGUAUCCGAGGAAGUCCAGGUCGCGAUGGCAGUCCAGGUCCUAUAGGACUCAGUGGAAAUCCAGGACUCAGAGGGCCAGCAGGAGAGGAAGGUCGACGCGGUCAGCCAGGUCCUGCAGGACCUCCAGGACCUCCUGGCCCCCCUGGAGAAGCGCUAGGCUUUGGAUACGAUGCCGCCUCUUUGGCUGCACUCAUGGGACAAAGCAAAGGUCCUGAUCCGUUAAGCGGCGACGAGCCAACAAGGAUGUUUGGAAAAGAUUUGUCUUCAACGGAACGAAGGGAAAUCCUCAUGAAAACGUACGAUAGGCUAAAAACCUCCUUCGAGAAACUCGUUAAACCCGAUGGCGGGAAAGCAUCACCGGCUAAGACCUGUAGAGAUCUCUUUGCAGCAUAUCCGAAAAAAUCAUCAGGCGAAUACUGGAUCGACCCGAACGAGGGAGAUGCGCGCGACGCCAUUUUGGUUCACUGUGACGCCGCCGAGAGGAAAACUUGUAUCUUACCAGACCCGUCCCGUUCACCGGAAAUUAAUUAUGUCGGAGGUGGUCAGGAAAUCUGGUUAAGUGAAAUGGAUCAGGGUAUGAAGAUUACUUAUAAAGCAGACAGCAAUCAAAUCGGUUUCUUGCAACUUCUGUCGAGCCAUGCUCAGCAGAACGUGACGUACCACUGUAAAAACUCGGUAGCUUACUUCGACUCCGAGCGAAAAACCUACAGGAAAGGUUUGAAACUGUUGGCUUGGAACGACGUCGAGCUGACGCCACGAGGAAAUUUGCGCCUGCGGUACGAAGUGAUUUCGGACGAGUGCAGGCUGCGAAACGCGCAAUGGGGCGAAACGAUAAUUACCUACGAGACCGACAAAUCCGUAAGGCUGCCUGUACUGGACAUUGGUUUAAGGGACGUCGGCAAACCUGAUCAGAGUUUUUGGGUCGAGCUUGGUCCCGUUUGCUUUCGAUAACUUGAAUGUAACAUAAAAAGAAAUAUUCGUCGAAUGCAAACUGGUGGAAAUAACACCUAACUCAUUAUUUGGGCACGAUAUGCCGACUAAAUUUAUUGGUUUUCGGUUAUAUUGCAUGUGGCGGAUAAUGGGUUAAGGAAGAAACGCGCAAUCCUAGCUAAUAAAUGAACGUGAAGUCUAUUUUAUUACGAUACUGUUAGGAUCAGUGUAGGGUAGUAAAGGAGUGGUACCAGUUUAGCCGCUUGAAGCAAACCAGCGGAUGUUGACACUGCCAAUAAUACUCUUAUAAGCAAGCUUCAUUACAUCUCAUGUACUUUAAGAUAUGUAUUUUUUACUAUAAUCGAUACACGCCUUCCUUUUUAUAACGCAUCAAGCAUCGCUGGGAAGAACAUCUUUUUAGGAAUUUUAUAGUUGCGCAUUCAAAAGAAAAAAUUCAUGCCUCGUGCAUGACACAAUUUCUUGGGUAGUAGCUGUACUUAAAACAUUUAAAUUGGGGAAAAGACAAUAAAAGAAGCAUCGUCGAAAGUGGCGUUGGAUACUUUAAAAAUACGCUCGCUAAUUGUCAUUUUUCAUAUUUCAUUUAAAAUAGCAUGUUUUAUCCCAAGCUUUCUUGAAAUUGACUACGUGACCAGAAAGCAACAGUUACGACCCAUAUGGCGUAGUGACCCUCUGCGAGUUCAGACAGGGUCGGCGCGUUCAGUGUCUUUUAGUGCCGAUCAGUGCCGGAAGGCGGAGUCACCCAUCCAUAGUAUUUGAAAAUGCGUCGAAAAGGAACGUCCAGUGGAGAACGCAGUCAUCGCAGUUGGAUAUUGUGAACGGCGUGGAGAGUGGCUUGCAGUGCCGUACGUCAGAGAAAAGAGAUCGCGCGUGGGAAGGCCUCGUGCGAAAUGGACAACCGACGUGACGCCCGAGCCUUGUUACGUUAGCUCGUGCUACGGUGCGUGCUACCUCGGCAGGCUUCGUCCUGGUGCAAAGAACUGUUCGUCCUUCACCGAGGAAAUCAACCGAGUUCGACAUCGUCGCAGCCUUGGCAAACUGACCUCACCACUGACCUUGAUUUUCGAUAGACGACCGUGCAGAACUCGACGACUUCCUUGAAUUCACAAUCAGCUAAAUCA